GUAAUUUUUUGUGUAAUGAUGCACAAGAGGUCAUAGAGGGACUCUGGAAUAGAUCACUCUACAUGUUGCUGCCUCAGUAGUAUCAGAAUCAUCAUCAAGACCUAAGUCACUGCCUCUGGUGUCACAACCAUUGAUAAAAGCUUCUGGGUGGCAGAGCUGUGAUGCAAGAUGUCUUCCUCAAGUGAUAAAGUCAUGUGUAUUGCUGCACUUGGCCGUCCUUUUCAUCUCGGGAUGCUUUAUGACUGUAGGAAUGAGAAAUUAAUUCAGGGAAUAACUCUGUGGGACAAAUCGAAAUUGGAACGAAAACUUACUCAACAUCAUGAGACUUCUCAUUUCUCCAUAAUUACAUCUGACUCUUUGGAAGCCAAAGCUUCAGCCCUUGAAGUAAAUGCAAAUCAGAAAUUGAGCUUUCUUGGAGGUCUGCUGAGUGUGUCUGGAUCUGCUAACUAUCUAGACAACAGAAAGACUUCGAACCACCAUGAGAGAGUCGCUUUGCAGUACAAAUGCACCACCAAGUCGGAGGAAAUGACAAUGGAGCAACUUGGUCAAGGAAACGUGCAAUACCCAGAGGUACUUGAUCAUGAGACUGCCACACAUGUCGUUACAGGAAUACUUUAUGGGGCACAGGCUAUUUUUGUUUUUGAGAGAAAUUUUGCUUCCUCUUCAAAUAAUAUGGAGGCUCCUGAAGAUCUGCAUGAUAUGGUGAAGUUAAUACCAAAAUUGGAAAUCAAUAGUAAAGGGGAUGUAAAUAUUUCUGAAAGUGAAAAGAAAAAAGUAGAAAAUUUUACCUGCACAUUUAUUGGAGAUUUUCUGCUACCAGAACAUACUUUCUCCUAUCAAGAUGCUGUUAAGAUCUAUAAGGAAAUACCAAAACUUUUAGGACAAGGGCAAAAUGCUGUACCAGUUACAGUUACACUGUAUCCUCUUACACUACUGUAUAGUAGAGCCAGUGUAUUGUUUCGUGAGAUAAAUGCAGAUUUGAUUAAUGACACAGAAGACGUUUUUGAACACCUCCAUGAGUUGACUGUGAGGUGCAAUGAUUUGUGUAAUUCUUUUGCUGUAAAACAAAAUGUUGAUAUCCAGAAUGAAAUAUGUAAAUUUAAAUCAUUGAUUGCCAUAUACAAGUGCAAACUCCAAAGACAACUGUCAGUAUUGCUACCCAGCAUCAAAAGUGGUAGUGCUGAGGAAUCCUGUUUGGCAGACCUUCUCAAGAAGAAAGAAGCAUCUUCAUUCAACUAUCAUGAACUACAAGCAUGGGUUCAAGAUGAGGAAAAACUUGUACACAUACUCAGUAAAUAUAUCAAAAUAUUUUCAGAGAUAAAGUUUGCUUCUGGUGAUUUAGACUCGAUAAAAAUGAGUCUAGACAAUGACUACACUCUUUGUUUUAACAUUCUCAGGCCAAACAAGUAUGAUUUUCUUGCUAAAAUGGAAAUGUAUAAUAGAAAUGAAUAUGACCCUGACAAUGAUCAUUCAACUGAUGAAAGAAACAGUGAGAACACAUUGCUAACCAAUUAUGAAGCUGAUGAAAUCUCAAUGAUGAAAAAAGCCAUACUUUUUAGAAACUUUUAUGCAUCUAACAAAGAAAGAAUUGGAACUGCCUUCAUAGUGGCAGUUAAUUUUUCUGAAACAUCUGACUAUCAGGCUCAUAUACAACUUUACAGGCAUGAUUGUCUCCUCAAUGGGAGUUAUGAACUUCCUUCUGCACCUGGUAUGCCUCUAGUUGACAGUGAAAAAAGUUCACAUGAUAAUAUAACUAUUUACUGGACAAAACCAAAAUAUGGAGCUUCAAGUGUCCACAAAUAUGAAAUACUUUGUCAAAAAGUCAGAGCAGCUGAACCCACUGGGAACUUUAUGACAGGUUCUGACACACUCAGCUUCACUAUUCCAAAUGUGACAGUCAAGGACACUGGAGAUCUUUUGACAAAACCUGAUAUUCAUAGCUUCAUUAUUCCAGAUCUUGAACCUAACUGUGUUUACCAAGUGUGUGUACGUAGCUGGUGUGAGGCAGGAGUGGGUCCCACCAGUGACAUAAACCCAGCAGUCACCACUAGGCCUGCCAGUCCUCCUGGGAAGCCUCAGGUUUGGCAAAUUUCAUCAACAACUGUAGAAAUACAGUGGUCAAAACCACUGUACAUUGGUUCAGAAUGUAGCAUACAAAAUUAUAUAUUAAAGAAGCAGGAAAAAAAGGAAAGUGAAUGGAUUACAAUAGCAAUCACAAAAGCAGAUGAACUUGUGUAUAGAGCAGAAGUUACACCAAACACUGUCCCUAAGUUCAAGGUAGCUGCUUAUUUUGGUGAUGCAGGAUACAGUGUGGAAAGCAAUUCGAGUGAUAACAUUUUGGAAAAAACUGAUAAUGGGGCUAUAAAAUCUGAGAGCAGUAAAAUGGUCAAAGAAAAGUUUUGUGCUGCUUUAAAACCUGACCAUAUAGGUACUCCUUGCAUUUAUAUGCUUCAACCAAAAUUAGUUAUGUCAGAAGAGGAAGAUCUAAUAAGGCAAUAUGAACUUGGAACACCUCUCCAUAAUGUGCAAGAAAAAGUAAUUUUGAUAGUUGGAGCAACAGGAUCAGGCAAGACAACUUUGAUUAAUGGUCUCAUUAACUACAUCAUUGGUGUUAACUGGAGGGAUGAUUUCCGCUUCAAAUUAAUAUCAGAAGAUACUGAUGGCAACCAAGCAAAGAGUCAGACUAAGCACAUAACUUCUUAUACCAUUCACCAUCAAGAGGGUUUCAAUUUUCCACACACCCUGACCAUUGUUGAUACUCCAGGGUUUGGCGACACCUCGGGAGUGAUGAGAGAUAGGCACAUUACCAAUCAGAUUCACAGGUUCUUUACAACCAAAGGUACUGAGGGUAUUGAUCACAUUGAUGCUGUAGGCUUUGUAGUUCAGGCCUCACUCCCACGGCUAACUCCAACACAGAAGUAUAUUUUUGACCAGAUCCUUUCACUGUUUGGCAAGGAUAUAAAGGAUAACAUUUUUCUCUUGCUCACUUUUGCUGAUGGGCAACAACCUCAAGUUCUGAGUAGUAUAAUAGAGUCUGGUUUGCCAUACCAGAAACUCUUUAAGUUUAACAACUCUGCUCUGUAUGCUAACAAAACUGAGAUUGAAGGAAAUAUUACUACUGAAGUUGACAGUGAUGAUGAGGAAAACAAUGGUAAUUUUGAUGAAAUGUUUUGGCAGAUGGGAGAAAGGAGCUUUAAAAUGUUUUUGCAACGGAUGAAUGUAGUUGAGAGUAAAAGCCUCUUACUUACCCAGGAUGUCCUUAAUAAACGGGGUCAGCUACAAAGUUAUAUCACUGGUAUACAUUUAGAAAUCCAGGUUGGCCUCAGCACUCUGGAAACAUUAAAGAAAGAAGCUGAAAUAGUGAGGAUUCAUCAAGUUGACAUAGACAAAAAUAAAAAUUUUACUUAUACAGUGCAGGAAGAAGUGUUUGUUGCAGUUCCAGUUCCACGUGGUCAUUAUGUAACAAAUUGUCAACAGUGUAACCGUACCUGCCAUGCACUUUGCAGUCGUUCUCAAGAUGAAAUGAAAUAUAAAUGCAUGGUUAUGUCAGAAGGUAAAUGUACUGUUUGUCCCCAAAACUGCCACUGGUCAGUACACAAGAACUUCCCUAUGAAGUAUGUUCCUCAAACUGUGACGGUAACCAAGACAGCUACUGACUUGCGAGAACACUAUGAGAAAGCUAAACAGGAGAAACUGUCAGCUGAGAACCUUAUUGCAAAAAUUCAAGAUGAAUUUAAAGCAGUGCAACUGAAAGUUCUCGGGAUGACUGAAUCAGUGAGAAAGUCACUUGAACGUUUGCAGGAAAUUGCUCUCAAGCCAAAUCCACUUUCAGCAGUGGAAUACAUUGAUAUUCUGAUUGAGUCUGAGAAGUCACAAAGGCAGCCAGGCUGGAGAGAGCGGGUGGAGCAGCUAUGUGAAGUCAGAAAAGAAGCAGAAUACAUGAAAAAGAUAGCUGAUCAAGGGUUUGACCCAUUUGAGGAUUAUAUAAAAAAGAUAGAAAUAGAGAAGAAAGCCAACCCACGGAGUGCUUGGGCAACUGUUGGACAGUAUCUUUCUAAAAUCUUCAAAUAAGUGCUGUAAUUUAUGUAGCAUAUCUAUAUUUUCUUGAAGAAUUUGCUAAUGAAAAGUAAUCUAGUAAAACUGAGCUUUCCAAAGUUUACUUUCAAAAAUAAUUUAAUAAUAGAAAUCAUUACUGUAGAGACAGAAUGUAUAGACUUACAGUUCAUCUUAAAAUAAAUUUUGUUAAACUAAAUUGUAAGCAAUUCAGAAUUACAGUAGAACCCCCGUAUCCACAGGGGUUACAUUCCAAGACCUGCCACAGAUAGUAGCGAACCUUAUACUAUAUAUGUAUGUCGUUUUUCAUUUACAUGCAUACCUGUGAUAGUGGAUUUUGGAGGGGUUUAGGGAUAGAGGCUGGAAGCAAUGAGUAGGUGUGAUGGUGAUGUGAGUGGCAGUAUGGGUGGUAGUGUGGAUGAUGGGUGACUGUGCAGGUGAAAGUGGACAGUAAUAGGAAUGGCUGGUGUCUACAUGACUAGGAGUGUAAAUGACAUGUUGGGGUGUGGGGGCCGUGAAAACAUAGGUAAGGUGUGGGCGUGGGACUGUGAGGUCUAGAAGCUGUGGGGGAAAUGGUGAGUGAAAGAAUGAGUAAGGUGUGGGACUGUGAGGCCUAGAAACUAUAGGGAAGUGGUAAGUGAAAGCAUGAGUGAGGUGUGGGGCCCUGUGAGCAUGAAGCUGUGGGAGAGUGGUGUGGGUGAAAUGUGUGCUUGUCAGUGGCCUGGUGUGUGUGUGUGUGGUGACUUGAUGAUGGGUGACUGGAUGGGUAAUUGUGCAGUUGGUGGUAAUGAGCAUGGUGGGUAACAAAGUGAUUAGGUAUGUGGAGGGCAUGUUAGGGUGAAAGGUCAGGUAAGGUUUGCAGGUAAGGUCAUAGGGGAUAUGUGCCAUGAGGGAGUGGUGAUUGUGGGGGAUUAGUUUAGGUGUGAGCAUGUGGCCAUGGGGGGAAUUGUAUGGGAAGAUUGUGUAGGGGCAGGUUGUUGGUUGGGAUGGUGUGGGUGAAAGCAUGUGGCUGUGGGAGAGUUGUGUGGGUGAAGGUUGCUAGUUGGAAUGGUGUGUGUGAAGAUGUGUGGCUGUGGGAGAUUUAUAGAGGCAGGUGGUAUGGCUGGGGGUUGUGAGCAUGGGGUUAUUGCCGAGUGUACAGUGAGGAUGUAGCCACAGGGGGGAGGGAUGAAUGAUCAGUUAGUGUGGGCAGUGUGUGGCUAAUGCACAUCUAUGUAACAAGGUAUGGACGAUAUUAGAGCAUAUAGAUAUGAACAUAGCCCUGAGCCUUGCUGCUGCCUCAGCUCUUCCUUGUGUGGGAUAAGCUCCUUCCACUGUUUAACUAUGCCAAAUACUGAAUGUUGAUUUUUAAUAGUAUAUUAAGUAAUAAUAAUUAUUAAUUAUUAUAAUUAACCCUUUCAGGGUUGACAGGCCCUCUCAGAGACUUGUUCUCAGGGUCGGCCAACUUUCAAAAAAAAAAAAAAAAAAAAAAAUUUCUUAUGAAAAGGUAGAGAUUCUUUUCCCCAUCAUAAUGACACCAAAAGUAUGAAAUUUGAUGGAAAAUUUACGGAAUUAUGCUCUCGCGAAGUUAGCGGUCUUGACAAUGUUUACACAUCGGCGAUUUUGCCCACUUUGAGCCCUAUUUUCGGCCAAUUCCACUGUACUUGUCGACAAAAAUCAUAACUAUUUCGCUAGAACUCCAUUUUUUCUAUCGAAUGAGUACAAAAAACCACCCAUUUACCGAUUUCAACUAUCCAAUACAGUGCUCAGAAUUUAGCAAUUUUGCCAAUUUCACACAAAUUUCAAAAGAUGCCAAUUUCCAAUUAGGGUCCAGAAUAAACAAGAAAGACAUUCCUGGCACCAAAAUAACAUUUCCUCUGUUCAUUAGUCACGUCCCCAUGCCCCUCUUACAUUCUUUUGCUUUCCACUUUGAAUUUUUAUUCUCACAGAAAAAUAGAAGAUUUACUGUUAUGCAGACUACUGCAUUGGUGUAGAAAUGGUAUAAAUAUUAUCAGUGCACUUGUGAAAGAAUAUUAGACUCACCAGUUGACGUGUAUUGGACGCAUAGCAUGAUUUGUUUACUUUUGAACUUCAGUAAAAAUCGAACAUUUCUGCUACUUUGAGCGCAAUUUCAAGGUAGUUUUCUUUG